AUGUCGGGCGAAUCCCCCGAGGCCAAGGAGAAGCGGCUCGUAGGGAACGUCCAGAUCCGCAUCCUCCAGGCCGCGAACAAGGAGGACAAGCUGAACGAGCUGCUCACCAAGUACCUCUGUGCCCUGCUGCUGAAGGCGACGAGUGACUAUGCGUCCGUUCGUAACGAGGUGAGAAGACCCCCUUUUCUUCUGACGUUCCGGAAUCUCAUCGCAUCAUUUCAGGUCAUUCAGUUUGCUGGAAAAUUGAAGGGCUUGAUAGUCCACCCGAGCAUCAUUCUCCCCGUGGAGAAGCUCAUCGACCAGUACCAGGAGGCCGAAUCUUCAAUCCUCCGCGUGCUGGAUAUCUCAUUCAUACAGCACAGCAUCCUCCGUCUGGAGGACUACGAUAGACGGCGUCUUUUCCCCAAAGUGGCCAAAGGCAUUUCUUCGUCGAAGCAUGGCCCCACCCAAGCAUCCAUGUUCAAUCUUCUCCUCAAGAUCAUCCCGGACAUCCAGAUCCCCUCUCGCGGCAGCGAAGAAGACGCUGCCUUCAGAGAUGCAAGCGGUCUCUCCGACGAUGCUGACGCACUCUUCGUCGCCAAGUGGCUCGGCAAGGUGCUUCUUCUGCGGAUUCCCGGCGGUGUGGAACCCACGCGCCAGGAUUUCGAGAGACUGAACCCAGCCCUGCUGGCUGCGGAUCUCGACUUCCUGAAGCCCGAGCAGCGCGACACCGCGCCGGCAUUCCAAAAGAUGCAGGACCUGCGGCGCAAGAUUGCGCAGUUAUUGGCCAGUGGCGCCUUCAAGGACGAGGAGAGGUUGCUGCCCGCUCUCUCUGCGGCGGCUAACCCGGACUACCAGGUCUCUCAAGCCGGAGAGGACAUUCUCAAGAGAAUGACUAUUGAUUUCGAAAAGGCGAGCAUCAUUGAGGAGUUGUAUAAUGCACACGCCCGACUACCCGCGCCUCACCGCAUCAGAAUCCUGCCUCUCCUUUCAAAGUCCAAGCUGGCCACCACCAUGCAAGAUAACAUUUUGUCCGUGGUGACUCUUGACUUCGGCACAGAGACGACGUCCAUCGCCCCGGCCCACCUUCAAGCAACCAGCGGCCUCGAGCGCACGAGACUGCAUAAGGCACUAUUCUACUUCCUCAACUGGACAGCGACCAUUGGGCCUACCCAGGCUCCUUUUACCAUUGGACCCAAGCUCAUCGACAAGAUGCGUACUUACGUCGAGGAGCAGGGAUGGCCUGCUCCGCGCACAUUAUCGGCAGACGAGGAAAAGCUUCGCGCGAUGGCGUACGAUCUUCUCGGCGUCCUUGGCGCAGGCAGUCCCUUCAGCGUGCAGGACAAGCUCCACCUUGUCGGCUGGCUUUUCAGGUCUCUAUCAGAAGACCCCAGCGCCGAGGCCGUGUCCGCCAUCGAAGGCUCGCUUUCGGGACUGACCAGGAGCUUCGACCCCAAGACGGUCAGUGGCGCGGGACGUGGCAGCGGCAUGAUCAGCCUGAUCUCUCUCCUUCUGCACUACAUGAACCUGCCCGAGGACAACCCUGCCGUACGAAGCGCGAGGUUCUCGGCCGUCAAGUGGGCAAACCAGACGGUUGCGUCAUGGGACGAGCGCGGCAGAUGGAUCGAUAUCCUAGCCAUUGCCGGCCGCCAGGGCGAGCGCACCGAGGUCAUCGAGGAGGGCCGUAAGGGGCUGGACCCGUGGACGUACCGCGAUAGCGAAGCGCACACGAUGCCGGACUGGAUCAAGUUAAUGACCUACUUCUUCUGCGAGAAGAUCACCGACGACAUCACCAGUUCUGAUUGGGCCAACUCGACACCGCCGAAGCUUGAGUUCGACGACAGAAGGACGAUGCAGAACUUUGAGGGCGAGAAGGUGUUUGCAUAUCCCGUCGCCGUUCAGUAUGUCAAGAGGGCGCUGUUCAUCGCGGCACUGCCCGACUUCCCCCUCGGCCCCGGCUGGGCCGAGCAGCUCGACACCCGAGUGCACAACGACAUCAAGACGCGGGACCAGAUCAGGGCCUACCUCCGCUCCGUCGACCAGGAGCACGUCGGCCUCUUCAUCAAGAUCUGCUUCGACGGAGUUCGCCUGAAAGGCAUGGACGGCACCGAUCGCAUUGUCGAGAACUGUCUCAAGCACAUGGUGGACGUCGCGUCGCUUGCGCCCGCCGGCACGAUCAAUUAUGUCGCCGGUUCCGCCUAUCUCUUGCAGAAGUGCACGACGGCUAACAACAGACACAUCCGCGCUGCCGCCGCCCAGGCGGUUGGGAUCCUGCUUCCUCACCCCCUUAACAAGGUGGACUUGGCAAUUCCCGACGCAGUUCCGCAUCAGACAAGGAACGAGAACAUUCAAAAGUUCCUCCGUGACCUGAAGGUCAUGGUCUACGGCUGGGAGAACUCGUACGGUGCUACCGCUAACGCAGUCGAAGGGUCCUUGCAGGCGUUUGGCCACAUCUUCUCCAGAGCCGUGUACUACGGUCUGCCCAUCCCCAGCGACGUUCACCUGCCUCAGAAGCUGCUUAUGGACAAGUCACAUCAGCGACCAGCAUUGGAGGAUGCCAUCCUAGACUGCUACGCAGAGCUUUGGACCGCCGGCCUUUCGCAGUAUAUCCCGGAUAACGUUAACAACUUGACGGCGGACUAUGUGAUCGAGAGACUCACGGAGAAGGCAGCGGCCGGAAGCGACAAAGCAAUCUUUGCGCUCGGCCGCCUGGCACUUGCAUUCAACGAGCCCAACGAGGAGCCCACCCCCGCAGAUGGCCUGUUGUACCCCUCGAGCAAGACGUCAGGCAUCGACAACAUCCUGCGUGGCCUCUUUGCCGUCCAUACUAGAAAGGAGACCGAGAUCCACUUCACCGUCGGUGAGGCCAUCACCGCGGCGAUUGCUUGCUGGGAUUCGGACUUUGUCAAGCUGUCCAUGAACAUCGACAGCGUCGAGGGCCCCUGGAAGAAGACCAAGCGUAGUAAGAGAGUCACCGCCGUCCUCGACAAGAUCUUCAAGGACUGCAAGACCACCAAGCCCUCGCUGCUCAAGGCUUCUGGUAUUUGGCUCUUCUGCGUCGUCCAGUACUGUGGUCACCUCGAGGAGGUCCAGUCCCGACUUCGCGAGGCCCAGGCCGCUUUCAUGAGACUGUUAAGUGCGAGGGACGAGCUUGUCCAGGAGACUGCUUCCCGCGGCCUCUCCCUAGUCUAUGAGAAGGGAGAUGAUGAUUUGAAACAGGACCUUGUCAAGGAUCUUGUCUCCGCCUUCACCGGUAGCAGCACCCAGAUCAAAGUCGAGGAAGAGACCGAGCUCUUUGAGCCUGGAGCCCUGCCCACGGGCGAGGGCAAGUCCGUCACCUCGUACAAGGACAUCGUUAGCCUGGCGAACGAGGUCGGCGACCAGAGCCUGGUUUACAAGUUCAUGUCUCUUGCGACCAAUGCCGCCACCUGGUCUACUCGAUCCGCAUUUGGUCGUUUCGGCCUGAGCAACAUCCUCUCCGAGUCAGAGGUCGACCCCAAGCUGUACCCCAAGCUGUUCCGUUACCGCUUCGACCCGAACAGCAACGUGCAGCGCUCCAUGGACGACAUCUGGAAGUCCCUGGUCAAGAACCCGAACGAGACCAUCAGCGAGCACUUUGACGCCAUCAUGCAGGAUCUGCUCAAGAAUAUCCUCGGCAAGGAGUGGCGCGUGCGCCAGGCCAGCUGCAGCGCCAUCUCCGACCUCAUCUCGGGCCAGCCGUUCGACAAGUACCAGGAGUACUACGCCCAGAUAUGGACCGCCGCGCUCAAGGUCCUGGACGAUGUCAAGGGGUCCGUCAGGGAGUCUGCGCUCAAGCUGUGCAUAGGCCUGACCAACACCAUUGUCCGCCAGCUUGAAGAGGGCGGCGCCUCGUCGUCGGCCCAGGCAAUGCUCAAGCAGGCCCUUCGUUUCCUGCUGUCCCCCAGCGGUCUCGAGAGCGGCGUCGAAGAUGUCAAGAUGUUCUCCCUCAAGACCAUCAUCGACAUCACCAAGAAGGGCGGUCCUAACCUGAAGCCCUUCAUAGUGGACUUCAUCCCGCCGCUGCUGGGCCUGCACAGCACCAUCGAGCCGGAGCAGAUCAACUAUGCCUACCAGAAGGUCAGUGAAAACUCGCGCGAUCAGAUUGAUAAGUUCAGGGCGCGAUUGGUCAACCAGUCACCAAUCUCGGAGGCCGUCGACAACUGCCUCAGGCAACUGGACGCCGACGGCAUGAAGCAGCUCGCGUCCAAGCUCGAGGAGAUUAUCAAGACGGCCAUCGGCAUGCCGACCAAGAUCGCCUGCGCUAGGCUCAUCGGCGACCUGGUCAUGCGCCACGCCGUCGACUUCAAGCCGGUGUCGUCCCGGUUCAUGCAGUUGCUGGAGAAGCAGUCUCUGGACCGUAACGACGAGGUCAGCAAGGGCUACGCUAAGGCCGUGGGAUAUCUUAUGCGCGUCGUCCCCGACGCGUCCAAGGAGAGGCUGGUCGACAAGUUCACCGAGUUCUACUUCACCAGCGAAGACGAAGCCCGGCGGGCCAAGGUGUCGGACGUCGUCCUCAGUGUCUCGAAGCUCGCUCCCGAUCAUUUCAACGCGCUGGCGACCAAGUUCGUUCCGUUCACGUACAUGGGGAUGCACGACACGGACGAGUACACGCGCAAAUGCUUCGACGAAGUGUGGAACCAGCACGGCGGCAGCUCCCGCACCGUGGCGCGCUACGUGCCUGAGAUCGUGGGUUUCGUCAAGAGGGGCCUCGAGGCGCCGAGGUGGAACCUGCAGCACACGGCCUGCUUUACCAUCGCCAGCAUGGUCAAGGCCGUGGCCGCCUCGAGCGAUGCCACGGGCGGCCAAAUGUCCGAGACGAACCUGAAGCAGAUCUGGCCCGUCAUGGACAAGGCGCUCGCGCUCAAGACCUUCCCCGGCAAGGAGAGGCUUCUCGAGUCUUUCCCCCAGUUGGUCGGCAAGGGCGCGUCGCUGUGGAAGACGGACGCGGCCGUCGCCGCACAGCAGAAGAAGAUUGCCCUCCGCGAGGCGAAGCGCAACAACGAGGACUACCGACCGCACGCCUACAAGGCGCUUUGGCAGUUUGCCGAGCAGCGCGAGGACCUGGACCUGCUCGAUGACAUUGCCAACAUUGUCGGUGGACCGCUCGACGACUUUGUUGACGAGGAUAGGAUGGACGUCGACAGCUCGGGAGACGCCAUGCGCAAGGCUGCCGUCAAAGGCAUCGAGGCCAUCGCGAGAGGCUAUAAUCGUGUUCAGAUAAAGGAGGACGCCGGCGCCGUCCUGAAGAAGGUCUUUGAGCUUCUGAAGACGCGUCUGGCCCACCCAAAGUUCGAGGGCAUCAAGCGCGAGGUCUGGUACGAGUGCGUCAAGGACCUGAUGGAGGCUGCCCAGAAGCCGUCGACGGCGGCGGGCGGGGGCAAGGAGGUGGCGCUGGCGUACCUCGAGAGCCUGGACCCCGAAUCCAUCGACAACGGGACCGAGGCCCAGCGCACGACGCGGGCUGUUGCCAUUGGUGGUGUUUUCAAGGCGAUGAACCGGGGCGUGUUUGGCCCAGCACCGACGAAGGAGGAGAAGAAGGGACUGGUCGACAUGGUGAAGAAGGCCCUCGCAGCGGAGCGUUCUUUGGAGGUUCAGAAGCACCUCAAGGAGGUACUCGGGGAGCUGGAGAAAUAG